CCGACUCCCUGGCUCUAUUUACUUAGUUGGCUGACAGUUUGUUGUUUCAGUGUAAUAGAGCUCCACGUCGUCAGUGUAAACUGAUAGCUGACAGCUGUAUAGACUGCAGAUCCCAGGAGUCAAGCCUCAUCUGAAGGACCAAUAUGAAGCUGAUCGACGACCGCAUUUGGUCGCUGUUUAAGCGCAACUCACAGCAAACGCUCACCUACUGGAGUGUGUUCUUCAGCUUCGGCCUGUGCAUCGCCUUCCUGGGACCCACCAUCCUGGACCUGAGGUGUCAGACUCGGUCCAGCCUGCAGCAGAUCACCUGGGUCUUCUUCACCCAGCAGUUCUUCCUGCUGGUGGGCAGCAGCACAGGAGGAGUCUGUCAGAAAACACUCCGCUUCUCCCUGUGGGCCCUCUUCUCCUGCACUCUCAUCAUCUCACUCGUGUUUGCCCUCAUACCGCUGUGUCACCAUGUGGCACUGUUGGCCAUCUGCAUGGCAUUUGCUGGCCAAGCCAUGGGGGUGAUCGACACCGUCGCCAACCUGCAGCUGGUAAAACUGUACCAGAAGGAUUCAGCCAUCUUUUUGCAGGUCCUACAUUUCUUCAUAGGCCUGGGAGCACUGCUCAGUCCCUUGGUGGCUGAUCCUUUCCUGGCAGAGGGCAGCUGUAUCAUGGAUGCCAACUGGACCACCAACUCAUCUUAUACCUUAAACUUGCAACAGCUUCGCAGCAGCCUGGCCGGUCGCAGAGUGGCACUGCACAACAUCUCCCAUCCUCUGCUGAGUGAAGGUGUCAUUAUCACCAAGGUGUCCUAUGCUUUCUGGAUCAUGGCCCUUAUCAAUCUCCCUGUACCAGCAACAGUGCUUGCACUGAUGUACCGUGAGAGAUUGCUGCAUUGCUUCGGGAAAAGCCCACCUCUCCUGGAAAGCACAAGUCCUUCUGCGGACAGUGGCCAAGGUCAUGGGAGUGUGUUUGAUUGCUGUAACACUGCCAAACUCCGGGGUCGCUCUGCUACUUUCUUCAUCCUCCAUGCCCUGGGUGGGGCCAUCCUCUUCAUCACUGAUGGCAUUAUAGGCACCUAUGCUGGAUUUGUCUACACCUAUGCAGUUUCCUCUCCUCUGCUGAUGGGACAUAAGACCGCCAGUUGUCUGGACAGUGUAUUUUGGGCUUCCAUCACAGUAGGACGACUGGUUUCCAUCUACCUGUCCUACAGAUACACAGCACAGAGACUGCUCACCUUCAGUCUGGUGGGAGUCAUAGUGGUGCAGUGCCUGCUGUUAGCCUUCUACACCAGCUCUGUGUUUCUCUUCAUUGGUACAUGCAUGUUGGGAGUGUGCAUCAGCAGUGUGUUUCCCUCCAUGCUGGCAUUUACAGAGGACAUACUAGACUACAAAGGUUGUGCCACAACUGUCCUGGUGACCAGUGCCAGCACAGGAGAGAUGAUUAUGCAGCUGCUUGUCGGCUCGGUGAUCAACAGUCAGGGCAGUUACUCUUUCCUGUUGUGUUGUACAAUAGCGUCCUUCAUUGGCUUCUGUCUGUUCCCGCUGUUCCUUUAUGCUCAGCACAUCCACAGAAACCGUGACUCAGAUUCUUCUAAAGACAUGGGCGUGAACGAGAAACCAGAGAUUGGAGUUUCGUGAGGAUCCCUGAUAAACCAGAGGACACAGAAAACAUGGGAAGAACAAGCUCAGGAAAAACUGACGUUCUUACAUCUUGUCCCCAAGUCAGGAUUGUUUGACCCUGGAUCUUUAUACUGAAUAUUUAUACAUUAAUAAAGGUCUACUUUCAAGCCUAAUGAUCAA